CUGCAGGAUUGUGAGAGUCUUUCAAGCGUAGAAGUUGAGCGAACGAUUCCAGUGAUAAAGGAAACCCUAUCAUCUGGCGACGAGGGCACCUCUGCUUACUACUUGCCGCCGCCGACUUCUGCUCCUGUCUGCCUUCCACCUAAUCCUGAUCCACCACCCUUCGACGCCUUUGCUGAACCCUUCGUUAUUGAAGUUCGAGGCUCGUCCCCAAGUUAUCAACCAGAAGCAAAAAAGGUGGACCCGUUUUAUGCGGAUAGUCUUGAUUUGCAAAGGGAGAUUCUCAAUCCUGGUGGUGUUGAAAUUUAUGUAUCAACGUCUGAUCUUCUCAGAAACGUGGCAAUAGUUGAAUUGGGUGAUAACCUGUGGAUUGGUGGUUGGAACCCUCGGGUGCCCAAUUUGCACAGCCUUUUCCACUUGGGAGAUCUUCUGGUUUCUAUCAAUGGUCAUAAUGUGCAUACUCAGCGCCAAGUCAGGCAGACGGUUGAGGCCACUAAACGAUGGGCGACACGGGAGCAGCAGCGGCGACCCGACGUUGCACUGUACCCCGGCGAAGUGAAGUGCCGUCUACGUCUGAGACGACUGCCCCUUGCUAAGACUCUGAUAGUGUGCAGACAGACGCAAGACCAAAAGAUUGGUGUCACAUUUGACGACAGUGGUACUAACAAGGUGAAGAGCAUAGACCCAGAAGGUCCUCUUGCGUGUACCGGCUUGCUCCCCUUCGCUUCAGCUUUUUUUAAGAAGCCCGCAAGCGUUCCCCUCCGUAUGUCAGUCCUACGGCUUCUUGGCCGGAAGCAGACUACUUCAAUUUCAGAAGAUUUUGUUCCUUGGACAGCGACGGAAAUCAAUCAUAGGCCUCUCAACCCCUUCUUUAAACAGCAUGAGGUAUACCCUGGCACUUUCCGAAAUGUUUAG